AUGGUAGAGUCAUCAGGGCAUGCUUUAUGGGACUGUGAGGUGGCGGGGGCUGUGUGGAGAGAGUCCAAUCUGCUGCUGCCGAAAUUCAGAUGUGCUCAUCGUGAUUUCAUGGAGAUUGUGUGGAAGUUUUGGGAAGGCAGCAGGGAGGUGGAUUGGGAGUGUUUUGCGACUACGGCUUGGUGCAUUUGGAAAAAUAGGAACUCAUUAAAAUUUGAAGGAAGGGGCAAGGCAGGAAAGGUGAUUGUUAAGGAGGCUGAGCGGCUAGUGGAGGAAUUCAGAAUUGGGAAUUCAAGGGAAAAGCUUCCUGUGGUGCUGAGAUCUCAAGCUUGGAUGGCGCCUAGGGAGGGGUGGUAUAAAGCUAAUGUGGAUGGGGCUGUGUUUAAGGAGUCUAGCAGCUGUGGUAUUGGUGUUGUGAUUAGAAAUGACCAAGGCCAAAUCAUGGGAGCAAUGAGUAAGAAGCUGAAUUUUCCCUUAGGAGCUGUGGAAGUUGAAGCAAAAGCGUUUGAAGAAGGCCUUUUGCUAGCAGGGGACCUCGGUUUGAAGAAGAUUAUUCUGGAAGGGGAUGCUCAGCUUGUUGCAAAUGCCUUGCUGGGUAAGUGCUUGCCGCCAAGCUCAAUAAAAAUGAUGAUUUCUGGUGCAAGCCGCUGGAAGCAGUGGGUUCCAGAUUGGGAAGUUAGUUUUGUCCGCAGAACAGGAAACUAG